CGACUUCUCCAGCAGAAGACUACCCAGAAUAUAGACCUGUUCAUCGGAAGUACUGAACAUGACGGCCUGAUCAGCAGGGCCAAGGCUAUUAAGAGAUUUGAAGAAAGCCAAGGCAGAGGAGACAGCAAGAUGUCUUUCUACCAGGCUCUGCAGAACUCUUUAGGUGGAGAAGAGAUGAAUCCGCUAGUCCAAGAGGCCGCUGUUUGGUUCUACUCUCUUCAGCAUUCCACUGAUGACUAUUCCAGCUUUUCCAGAGCUUUGGAGAACUCCACGCGGGACCACUUCAUUGCAUGUCCAGCAGUCAGAAUGGCCGACCACUGGUCCAAUAACUCCGAAGGUCAUGUCUUCAUGUAUUACGUUCCUGAGACUUACUCACAGAGCAGUUCCGGUCUGGAUCUGCCUGAGGAUGUAAUUUACACUUUUGGAAUUCCAUUUCAUUCGCUUUAUAGAGAUCAGUUUUUCUGGUGAGGAGAGGAAACUUUCCCUACAGAUCAUGCAGUACCUGGCUAACUUUGUGAAGACGGGAAACCCCAACUUUCCCUACACUUAUUCCAAGAAAAGGAAUGUUGCGUUACCACCAUGGCCUGAAUAUCGGACACAGAGUGCCGGCAGAAAAUUCAAAGAGUUCACGAAGAGUCUGCCGAAUGGUCAGGAUCUGAAACACAACGAAUGUUCAUUCUGGAAUGAUUACAUCCACGCACUUAAACUGUCUACAAGUGUCAAGUCUUCUUCUCUGUCAACCACAAAAAGCCCUAAAAGUGUAUCACCAUCUGCAGUCACACAAGCCGGUGCAAAGCAAGACAAGGAGUCAUACAACUAG